AUGGAGGCUCCACAUACAGCGCUGUUGCCGACUGACAAGGCUGCGCUGUCCACGUUGUACAGCAGUAUUCCCUCGCCAACGCUAGACUUACCCAAGUGCACGCCUCGAGAUCAGAUUGUCUUUGACAGAGUCUUGCAUCAUGCCAUACCAGGUCUUGCAUCGGACCUCUAUGCCUACCAAGUCCGCACAGUGUGCAGGAUGCUACGACAUGAGCUGUACCCAGAAACAAUUCUGGAUCCUCGACUUGUGCCCUUGAAUAACGUCUUCUUUGAUCAAGAAGCAUGCAAGUUUUGGAAGACAAGUUCAAGCUACGUGGCUCCGACUGGAGGUAUCCUCGGCGAAGAGAUGGGAACUGGCAAGACGUGUGAGUGUCUCGCGCUCAUGCUCGCGAGUCUCGAUACUUUGCCAGCAAACCCGGCACUGUUGCCACAUACGACUUAUCGCCUCCCCCCUGAGCAUUCACGGCACCGGUCGUCAGUGGGUAGAUCGUUGCAGGAACGCUGUGCGCAGGUUGCACAAGAAGCACAUAUUCCUACUCGCUUCUUUCUCCAAGCGUACCCUCACCUGGAGCCAGUUCUCUGUCAGUAUAGACAUUUGAUCGUUGUUCCCGAUAGCUUGGUCAGUCAAUGGCAACAUGAGAUUCGGAAGCACGUUGAGCACGACUUCCUCCAAGUGCUUGUUCUUGCUGCCAACAAGCUUGCUGCACCCACACCAGACCCAAAAGAGUUGCUCCAGUAUGAUUUGGUGCUCAUCUCGCACACUCGAUUCUCUCAGGAAGAACGACAGCAUGCUCAAGUACAGCACUGCCGGUGCUCGUAUGCGAAAGCAACACGACAAGUAAUUUGCACAUGCCCCAAGACGCCAGGUUAUACUUCGCCAUUGACUCAAUUGCAUUGGCUGCGUCUCAUGGUGGAUGAAGGUCACACCAUGUCAAGUCAACACUCAAAAGCUGUCCGUUUUGCCUCACAGCUUAGUGUCGAACGACGUUGGGUCGUUUCCGGUACACCAUCACGCGGCUUGGUCGGUGGACUCGCAGACGGAACAGAAUUUCAGAGCGAGCGCAUCGACCUCGAAAAUCUGAGCGUUACGCUCUGCGACUUCCUGAAGCUCCAAGCAUUCGACAAGCAGCAGUGGCGAAGAGCGAUAGCAAAACCUUUUCUGGACAGGAGACCAGGUGCUACGCAAUGUAUACGCAGCCUCUUGGAGGCGAUUGUCAUUCGAAAUCGGCAAGCUGACAUGACAAUGGACGUCGUUUUGCCACCGCUGAGGCGAAAAGUAGUCUACCUCGACCCAAGUCCAGAGACUGCCUUGUCACUCAACAUUUUCAAUGCUCUUAUUGCCAUCAACGCAGUGACGUCUCAACGCAUCGACCAAGACUACUUUUUCCACAAGUCGCAAUCGACUGCAUUGGCUGCUUUGGUGCGUAAUCUGCUCAUUUCUACCUUUUGGUGGACAGGAACUCCAGCAAAGGAUGUCAUCUCUGCACGCAAUGUGGCCCACGAAGCGCUUCGGACCAAAACCUUCAGUCUAAGUGAUACUACUCUACUGCAGCAGUCAGUAGCCGUCUUACAACAAGCACUAGAAUCGUCGGCCUGGCAGGCCAUGUCGACGACCCACGAGCUUGGAUACACGUUGAAUGCUGACUUGUCCGAGUCUCUUCAAGAGUACUGGCUGACUCCAAAUAUGCCAAGACUUCGCAAUGCAGCCAAGAAGCGACAAGCCAUGAAGAAGAAGGAAAAGGAGGAUACGAGAGACAUGAAGAAGUUGAGCUCACCAGCCAAGGAGGCAAAAAACGCAAAUGUCAAUCCAGCAAUCUUGCAUGCCUCACGCCUUUCUCAACUCAAAAUUGUGGCGACGAGUUCUGCCAAGCUCAACUACCUGCUGCAGCAAAUCUUGCAGUACGCUGAGACAGACAAGAUUAUUGUAUUUUCU